AUGUCUUCAGAUGAAAUAAUUGGGGUUUUGAAGUCAAUAUCUGAACCAAACCAAGCCCUUUCUUUCUUUAAAUCCGUUGCUGAGCUGCCUAGUGUUACGCACACCACAGAAACAUGUAAUUAUAUGCUUGAGCUUUUUAGGGUACAUGGGUGUUUGGAUGAUAUGGUUGCAGUGUUUGAUUUGAUGCAAAAACAGAUUAUAUAUAGGAAUUUAGAUACAUACUUGAUUAUAUUUAAAGGUCUAAGCAUAAGAGGGGGAGCUCGGCAAGCACCAUUUGCGCUUGGAAAAAUGAGAAAAGCUGGGUUUAUUUUGAAUGCAUAUUCAUACAAUGGAUUGAUACAUUUGCUUCUUCAAGCGGGGUUUUGGAGGGAGGCUUUAGAUGUAUAUAGAAGAAUGGUCUCAGAAGACAUUAAGCCCAGUCUUAAGACCUAUUCUGCCCUAAUGGUAGCAAGUGGUAAGAGAAGGGAUACUGAAACAGUCAUGAAUUUGUUACAAGAGAUGAAAAAUUUAGGAUUGAGGCCUAAUGUUUACACCUUCACAAUCUGCAUGAGAGUGCUAGGACGAGCAGGAAAAAUUGAUGAGGCUUGCAGUAUAAUGAAGAGGAUGGGUGAUGAGGGAUGUGUUCCAGAUGUGGUUACCUACACGGUUCUCAUUGAUGCUCUUUGUAAUGCUGGCAAACUUGAUACUGCUAAAGAAGUGUUCAGGAAGAUGAAAUAUGGUAGACAUAAACCUGAUCGAGUUACUUACAUAACUUUGCUAGACAAGUUUAGUGACAGCAGAGACUUGGACUCAGUGAGGGAAUUCUGGGGCAUGAUGGAGGCCGAUGGUCAUAAAGCAGAUGUUGUUACUUUCACUAUACUCAUUGACGCCUUGUUCAAGGUUGGGAAAGUUGAUGAAGCAUUUUCAACAUUAAAUGAAAUGAAAGAGAAAGGGAUCGUGCCAAAUCUUCAUACUUAUAAUACUUUUAUUUGUGGACUUUUGAGACUAAAUAAAUUGGAUGAAGCAUUACAACUAUGCAAUAGCAUGGAAUUGCUUGGUAUUGAACAGAGUGCGUACACGUACAUCCUAUUUAUUGACCAUUAUGGAAAAUUAGGAGAAACUGACAAAGCUCUUGAAACAUUCGAGAAGAUGAAAGCUCGUGGAAUCGUUCCAACUGUUGUUGCCUGCAAUGCAUCAUUGUAUAGCCUUGCAGAAGUCGGUAGGCUUGGAGAGGCAAAAAGAAUUUUUGAUGGUAUUAAACAGAGUGGGCUUGUACCAGAUUCUAUAACCUACAACAUGAUGAUGAAGUGCUAUAGUAAUGCAGGGAAAAUUGAUGAAGCCGUUAAGUUGCUUUCUGAAAUGAUGGAAAGUGGCUGUCGUCCUGAUGUGAUUCUCAUCAACUCCUUGAUCGACACACUUUACAAGGCUGAUCGGUCAAAUGAAGCCUGGACAAUGUUUUGCAAAAUGAAGGAAUUGAAACUUGUUCCUACAGUUGUCACUUACAACACCUUAUUGGCUGGAUUGGGGAAGGAGGGCCAAAUUCAAGAUGCCUUCAAGUUAUUUAAGAGCAUGACUAAGCAUGGGUGCCUUCCAAACACAAUAACUUUUAAUACACUUCUUGAUUGCCUUUGCAAGAAUGAUGAGGUGGAUUUGGCUGUGAAGAUGCUGUACUCAAUGACAGAUAUGGAUUGCCUCCCUGACCUUUUUACUUAUAACACAGUCAUCUACGGGCUCUCUAAGGAGAAUAGGGUCAAUGAAGCAUUUUGGUUUUUCCAUCAGAUGAGAAAAACAAUUUAUCCUGACUGUGUAACAUUAUACACUCUUCUCCCUGUCAUUGUGAAAAAUGGUUCAAUUAAGGAUGCAUUUAAAAUUGUUGAGGACUUCGUUUUUCGGGUUAGAAUUAGAUCAGAUAGAUCUUUUUGGGAAAAUCUAAUGAAUGGAAUUCUAAAUGAAGCGGAGUUGAAUCAUGCUAUUUCUUUUGCAGAAGAAUUAGCAUCUGUUGGUCUUUGCAAAAAUGACUCAAUUGUGGUACCUCUUAUAAAAACUUUGUCUAAUCAAAAGAAAGCCCUAGAUGCUCACAGAUUGUUUGAGAAAUUCACGAAAUCCUUUGGAAUGAAACCAACAGUACAAGCAUAUUAUCAUUUGAUCGAUGGGCUUCUUGAUAUUCAUCAUAAACAACUGGCUUGGGACGUGCAUAAAGAGAUGAAGAAUGCUGGUUGUGCUGCAGAUGUCUCAACCUACAAUUUGUUGCUUGAUGAUCUUGGGAAGUCUAGGAAGAUCCAUGAACUUUUUGAGCUGUACAAUGAGAUGCUUCAUAGAGGAUGUAAGCCUAACACCAUAACUCACAAUAUACUGAUUUUUGGUCUUGUAAAGUCUAAGAGCAUAGAGAAAGCCAUAGAUCUGUACUAUGAUUUGAUAAGUGGAGGCUUUUCUCCUACUCCGUGUACAUAUGGUCCCCUUAUAGAUGGUCUUUUGAAGCUCAAGAAAUUGGAUGAGGCAAAGAAAUUGUUUGAGGAGAUGAGGGAGUAUGGAUGCAAACCUAACUGUGCUAUCUACAAUAUCCUUAUAAAUGGGUUUGGGAAAACUGGUGAUGUGGAAACUGCUAGGGAGUUGUUUGAUAGUAUGGUUACAGAGGGGAUAAGACCAGAUUUGAAAACCUACACUGUUCUUGUCGAUUGCUUUUGCAUGUUAGGUAAAGUGGAAACGGCUGUGCACUACUUCGAGGAAUUGAAGUCUACUGGUCUUGAUCCUGAUUUAAUUUCUUACAAUCUUAUCAUAAAUGGGCUUGGCAAAGCUGGAAAAUUAAAGGAAGCUCUGUCUCUUUUUGAUGAAAUGAGAAGCAGAGGAGUCACUCCUAACCUUUAUACUUACAAUUCUUUAAUACACAAUCUUGGAAUUGCUGGAAUGAUAGAGCAAGCAGGAAACAUGUACAAGGAACUCCAGCUCAUGGAUCUUGAACCUAAUGUUUUUACAUAUAAUUCUCUCAUUAGAGGAUAUACUAUCUCGGGAAAUCCUGAUCGUGCAUAUGCAGUGUAUGAGGAGAUGAUGGUUGGGGGCUGUAGCCCUAAUACUGGGACAUUUGAACAGCUUCCAAAUUAA